UUUGCUGAUGGUGUCCUCCACUUAACGGGAGACAUCAAUGCUACUACUACUCUCGAGGUUCUGGGCGGGGUCCCUGUGGACAGCACGCUUAGCUUCAACAAUGUCCCCCUUUCGAACGUUCAAAGGAAGAAUGGCAGGCUCCAAGCUGAGGUCGUGUUCGAGAGCUCGACUCUCAACAUGCCUGUCUUCUCUGAACUCGAAUGCCAUUCAAUCGAUUCGCUCCCGGAAGUCUCCAACGGCUACGACGAUUCUGCCUGGACUGAAGCAACUCUGGAGCGCAGCAAUAACCUUCGAAAUCUGACAACACCAACAGCUCUCUACUGCAGUGACUACGGCUUCCACGGCGGUUCGCUCAUUUACAGAGGCCACUUCACCGCGUCCGGCAACGAAUUAUUCUUCAGUGUGACGACAGCUGGCGGAUUUGCCUACAGUCACUCUGUCUGGGUCAACGAGACCUUCCUCGGGUCCUUUGCUGGAGAUUCUCACACUGCCAACUCAACGCAAUUAUUCGAUCUGAGAAGUCUGAAACUCGUUGGCCCUUCUGUGUUCACUGUUGUCAUCGACCGCAUGGGCAUGAGCAUGAACUUCUGGGCGCGGUCCGACUGGAUGAAGCUCCCGCGCGGCAUUGUCGACUUUUCUCUCGGUGGUCAUCAACAGUCCGACAUGACAUGGAAGCUAACCGGCAACUUGGGGGCCGAAGACUACACUGACAAGACGCGUGGUCCGUUGAAUGAGGGUGCCUUCUAUGCGGAACGUCAAGGCUAUCAUCUUCCAGGAGCACCCACGUCCGACUGGGCUUCGGUAACACUGUUUGAGGGUACCAAGAACUCUGGGGUCGCUUUCUAUAAGACAGAGUUUCCCUUGGAUAUGCCGAUCGGCUACGACAUCCCCUUGAGCUAUGUCAUCUCGAAUGUGACGGCUUCAACUGGAGAGGCAAGUCUCUUCCGCGCGCAGCUUUUCGUCAGCGGAUAUCAAUUCGGGCUGAAGACAGACUGGUCAAGAGGCUGGAGGACAUGAGAGGAG